AUGGCGGAGGCGGCGGCCGAGGCCGAGAGCCCCCUGGUGGCCGCGGAGUUCUCGCCCGCGCCGGCGCGGACGCUGCAGCCGGCGUCGGCGGCGCGCGAGGAGAGCGGGUGGACGAAGCUGAAGCUCAUGCUUGCGGCGCGCCAGAAGCUCGCAGAUCCCACCUCCACUCUCGUGCGGAAGUCGGUGGGCGUGAUGAUGGGGGUGACCCUGGCGACGAGGUUGAACCAAAGUUCUUGGCUCAAGAGCUCGGUGCCGCUCAAGCUGGGUGUGGUCGUCUUCUCGUGUAUGGCUGCGCGCGUCGUGGUGCUUUUCGCUUUCGGUUCUAAAUUGAAGAAGGGGCUGCCUACAGCCGACGUAGUCGCAGGAAAUUUGACGUUUGCUUGGUCAUCUUACCUCUUCCUGAUCCAAGUGGUCCAGCGUUUUUACUUCGGCUGCGAAGAGGACAAGGCCUUCCAGUGCGGGUACCAAAACACUUUGGGGUGCGCAGUGGGGGCCUCUGUCAUUUUGCAUAUUUUGGUCAACGCAUGUGAUGCCAUUCAAGACGAGUACAAUGAGACACACAACCAGUUCGCAGCCAAAUUCGGCAAGCUAUGUCUGUUGGCCGCCCCGCUGGUCCUGGGGUGGACGUGGAAAGACUUCAUGGUGGCCGCGCAGAUCGGCCUCGAGGAGGAGGGCGAGCAGUCUGGACGAGGACUGCCCGAGACCGCGCGGAUGGCGACGACUUUCGGGCUCCUCAUCUGGUUCUUCCACAUGUACAGCAUAUCGGCAAGGACGGCGAGAAGGCGAACUAACCCGGAAGCAGAUUCCAAGUAUGAGCAGCAUUUGCUCGAUGUUCAAGGUGGUGCCCUAUUGCCUCUGAGCUUUUUUGACGUCAGUCUCCUCGGGGACCUCCUCGAAUUCGUUGACCAGACCGCGCUGCAGAUGAUGGCCUGGGAGCUAAAGGGCGUGGUCGGCUCCUUGAGCGUGGGUCAGCCUGAUAGCAUCGUGGUGUUAGUAGCCCUCUGCGGUGUUCUCGUUUUCGCUCUAGUGCAGUGGGUGGACAAGAUAGCGAAUAGCCCUGAGAGAUGGGCAUCUGCAUCCGAGAUGUGGAAGCUCGUUGCAAAAAUACACCGCCUCGCCGCACAAUCAAUACCACUGACAGUCGGAAUUGGGGUAAGCAAUGUCUGCUUGCUAAUUUGGAAGCAUGCCUUGGACGUGGUCUUUGGUCCUGGUGAAGAGUUCAGCGUGAUGCAGCAGACUCUUCAACAGCAGAUUUAUCCAGGCGGCGGAUUUCCUUGUAAUCGCCCUGAUUGCUUCAAUUGUGUUAGUUGUUUCCGAUGGCGGCGGCGAGGAACGAACGUACCAUGUUGUCAGCCUGGGCCGCAACAACAAAGUGGAGGGCCACGUGUUUUCGGGUCUAGUCCACGACGCUUACAGAGACGCCUCUGA